CAUGCGUAAAAUCCAAUAUGGCGGCACAGUAGGGGGAAUACUAGCAAGACCCUCUCUCCAAAUGUGGAAUAUAAUCAUCUAGUUUUAUUGUCUGUGCAUUUUGAAGUGAUCUACCGUGUCGUGAUGUGGCUGCCAACAGUGUGUUUGAGAAGCAGAACAUUUUGCCGAAGGAGUUUUGCCGUUGCCCUUGUUAAGUGUUUAAGGCACAGGAGUAAUGCUAACCCUUUCCUCCACACACAGUCUGCUGGACUAGCAACUCAAACGUGCAAGGCCCUUCUCUACAGAAAACACGGAGACCCUUCACAAGUUGUGCAGUUGGAAGAGGUAGAUCUGCCCCCUUUAGGUGCAAAGGAUGUGCUGGUUAAAAUUCUGGCUGCCCCUAUCAACCCCUCUGACAUCAACAUGAUUCAAGGAACCUAUGCAAUCCUCCCAGAACUUCCAGCUGUUGGGGGCAAUGAGGGAGUGGCACAGGUUUUAGAGGUGGGCAGCCAUAUAAAGUCACUAAAAACUGGAGACUGGGUCAUCCCAAAGGAUGCUGGUCUAGGAACAUGGAGGACAGAGGCAGUGUUAGCUGAGGACGAUGUUAUCUCACUGCCCAAUAACAUUCCCUUGUUGAGCGCUGCCACACUGGGGGUGAACCCCUGCACUGCCUUCAGGAUGCUGUCUGACUUUGAAGAUCUAAAGCCAGGUGACACUGUUAUCCAGAAUGCAGCCAACAGUGGGGUUGGACAGGCUGUUAUACAGAUCGCUGCUGCAAGGGGAAUAAACACUAUCAAUGUUAUCAGGGACAGGCCAGAGUUCACACAACUCAGCGAUAGGCUGAAGGCCAUCGGAGCGACUCAUGUGAUCAAAGAAGAGGCACUGAGGCGACCUGAGAUUAAGGAGCUGUUCAAGACAUGCCCAAAGCCUAAACUGGCACUGAAUGGGGUUGGAGGCAAAAGCGCUACAGAACUGCUACGGCAUCUACAAUUAGGGGGAUCUAUGGUGACGUAUGGCGGGAUGGCCAAACAGCCAGUAACUGUCCCUGUGAGUGCCCUUAUUUUCAAGGAUGUGAAAGUUUGUGGAUUUUGGGUCACACAGUGGAAACGAGAUCACUCAAAAGAUGGAAGCGCAUUUAGAGCCAUGCUGGAUGAGCUCUGCAGCCUCAUAAGGCAGGGAAAGCUGACAGCGCCUGCCUGCACAGAGCUGGGCCUGCAGGACUACAGCAAAGCCCUGAGCACAGCCGUGCAGCCUUUCACGUCUGCGAAACAGGUCCUGAUCAUGUGAGAUCACCCAUUAGCUGAACAAUACCAUCAUGAACAAAAUGUACCAGCUGAGUAACAACCCCAGGAAUGACACUUUAUCAAAUUCACUGCUCAAUAAAUGUGUCCUGACAGCA